GGCUGGGAAUGAACAAUUCAUAAAUGCCCGUCUUCCCACUUCUUCAUAUCUCGUCAGACUCAGCGCUCCGUCCAACUUCAUUGCGCACAGCAACCAUACAUAUUCGCGCAACCACAUUCGCUCAAGCACGCUCGCUACCAUGAAGACCACUCCGCUCAGCUUCUGGGCCUCGUCCAUCGCCCUCUUGCAGGUCCCAGGGCUCCAUGUACUCGCGGAGCCGACCAUCACCUCCAACCCCACUGCGACCACCACCACGACGUCUGAGGAACCAAGCUGCACAGCGUCCCUCGUCACCAAGUUAUGCGACUACCCUAGUCCGUUUCGCGCUGUCGCCAGCAGCGGCAGAAGCCACUGCUGGGACUGGUGCAACGAGAACCAGCCUUGCGACUUUAUCAUCUUUCUGCCCCAUAAUCCGCACCUCGGCGACGGUACCUGCUGGUGGUACCCUGGCGAGAGCUUCGACGAGAGCAAAGGCACCACCGAGGGCUGCGGCAACCCGUACCUGGAAGUAUACGACAAGCCCGUGUGCGAAGGCUCGAGCACCACGACCUCGGGUGCUUGCGCUGCCACCGCGUCCCCUUCGGCCAUCGCCUCCGUGUGCGACUACCCUACGCCUGACGACGACUGCUGGAGCACCUGCACCGCCAGUUCGGGUGCCGUCGACUGCCUGAGCCAGUGUGCCGAGUCUGACGACUGCAGCUAUGUCGUCUACAACCCGCACGGCGAGACCAACUCUCCGUAUGAGCCGGGCACUUGCUGGAUGUAUCCCGACGGCGAAUACAAUCCUGACGACGCAGGUACUUGUGGCAGUGGGGGCCCCGAGCAGUACGUGUACGAGAACGUGUGCCCCAAGCCAUCAAAGGCGUCCACAUCGCUGUCCUCCUCCGCCUCUCCACCGGCUACCGGGUCUGAUGGAGGGUCUGCUACGGCCGAGGCCGAUGGCGUUGUGGCUGAUCGCGCUGAGGCUGGGCAUAAUGAAGAUGCUGCUUCAGCGCCUGUCGCCCUCUCGCUCACUGGCCUCCUGGCCGUAGGAUUGGCCAUGUUGUUGUAGGUGCCUGCGGGCGAGAUGGUCACUUAUCUAUGUACAUGUAUAUGGAGCCGCCUUUGCGCUGAAUAUACAUGCAUUUGCUGAAGCGCUCUGAGCUUCUACGUGGCUGACGUGUGUUCCCGCCAAUCGGUCUUGCCUUCCGACGCGACAUACAAUCGACGUAAGGCUGCGACGAUCCGCACCAUAGACUUGAUCGUUUCUUUCCCCAUUUUCCCGGAGACUGCCGCGUCUACAUGCUGUGAAUAAAUCUACAAGUGACUACGCAGAAACGCGUCUGGUGUAGCCUGACAAUUUCCCAGAGC